AUGCCAAAUUGUAUUAAAGUUGCUAUUGACCAAAAGUUUGUUACAGUUUUCAAAUAUGAUUCUUUUCGGGAUUUAAAAAUUAUUGGUAGAGGUGGGUUUGGGACUGUAUAUAGUGCUUAUUCAAAAAAUGCUAAAAAAUAUGUAGCGUUAAAGAGUUUAUAUUGCGAUGAUAAUGAUAGUUCGUCAAAUGGACCUAUGCAUGAA